GAUAAUGGAUAGGUCAGCUGUCAGCUGUCAGCUGUUGCUGUUGAGUGUUAUCACUUGUCUGGUCUGUCAGACUCAGUUAGAAUUAGAAGGCUUGGCAGUAAUUACAAAUAAAUUAUUGAUAUUGGAAAGAUUUUACUGAAAUCUCUGCCGGUAAAUGACUUAGAGUAUUGUUUUUGAUCGAACCAAUUGUUUCAAUUCAUCAAGAUGUCGACCGCUAUGACUUUUGGGCAAAAACAGUUCAUACCAACCCCACCAGAUAAGGGAAGCUUUCCUCUGGACCAUGAUGGAGUUUGUAAAGAUAGUAUGAGAAAAUAUAUGAAGUGUUUAUUAAACAAUAACGGUAAUAAUUCUAUGUGUCGAGAUGAAGCGAAAGAAUACCUGGGAUGUAGAAUGGACAACAAUCUAAUGGCCAAAGAAGAUUGGAGUAAAUUAGGUUUCAAAAAUGAAGUUACAGAAGAUAAGAAAUGACAUUUUGUUAUUCGUUUAGGUAAGAACAUUGUUGAUUGUAUUGUUGUAUUUAAUAAAUUUUAGUAAUAGCAUA